UUAUCUUAUCUUCUUAUGCUGACAUUCGUAGGUAUAAAGCCUUUUGUGACCCUUUUCCAUUGGGAUCUUCCCCAAGCAUUGGAAGAUGAGUAUGGGGGUUUCUUAAGUCCAAAAAUUGUGGAUGAUUUCAAAGGCUUUGCAGAACUUUGCUUCAAAGAAUUUGGUGAUAGGGUGAAGUACUGGAUCACCUUGAAUGAGCCGUGGUCAUAUAGCAUGAGUGGGUACGCAGUUGGUAGCUCUGCACCAGGUCGAUGCUCUUCAUGGCUACAAUUAAAUUGUACUGGUGGGGAUUCAAGCACUGAGCCAUAUAUUGUAUCACACCACGAACUUCUCGCUCAUGCAACUGCAGUAAAUUUGUACAAGCGAAAGUAUCAGACAUCACAAAAGGGAAAGAUUGGAAUUACACUCGUAUCACAUUGGAUGGUACCUUACUCAGAAGUAAGACAAGACCGCACUGCUGCACUAAGGGCCCUUGAUUUUAUGUCAGGAUGGUUUAUGGACCCUCUAACAACUGGCGACUAUCCACAUACAAUGCGGACUCUUGUGGGAAAAAGACUUCCUAAGUUCUCCAAAGAACAGUCCAAGAUGUUAAAAGGAUCAUUUGAUUUUCUCGGACUGAACUAUUACACCGCUAAUUAUGCAGCAUAUGCACCAAACUCCAAUAGUGUAAAUGCCAGUUUUUUAACAGAUUCUCAGGUUAACCUUACAACUAAGCGGAAUGGGGUUCCUAUCGGUGCUAUGGCUGCUUCAACUUGGCUUUUUGUUUAUCCAAGAGGCAUUUAUGAUAUUCUUCUCUACGUGAAGAAAAAAUAUAAUAAUCCUCUUAUUUAUAUCACGGAGAAUGGGAUUGAUGAGGCAAAUAAUGCUACAUUAUCACUUGAAGAAGCCCUUGCCGACAACAUGAGGAUACAUUACUAUUAUCACCAUCUUUCUUUCCUUCUACAAGCAAUCAAGGAUGGUGCUAAUGUGAAAGGAUAUUUUGCAUGGUCACUGUUGGAUAAUUUUGAAUGGAGCUCGGGUUACACAGUUCGUUUUGGCAUCAACUAUGUAGAUUACAAAAAUGGUUUGAAAAGAUAUUCCAAACUUUCAGCCAAAUGGUUCAAGAAUCUUCUAAAAAAUGGAGACAUAUGAUUCAAAAUGUAAUUCUCCAAUCAUUUUACAUCCUUCAAAUGUAUUAGUAAAAUAAGUUAGAUUCUUCUCUACACUUUGUAAUGAUCUCUAGCAAUUUGCUUUUAAA